GAAGGAUGAGCUACACUUGGAUGAAGGACUCCAGACAAAUGAGACAGGACUUUUAAGAGUUGGAUCAGAGAUGUUACUUUUCAUGACUGUGGUCCUUUAAUCUGCUGUAAAUACUAAAAACAACCGGAGCCACUCUAAUGAUGGACAAAUGGAAGAAUAACUGGGAACUCAGCUCAGACGUACUGACAUGACUAUGAUUUCUAUUCAGCUGUAUAAGCUGCUCUGAGAAGAACUGCUGCUAUAUGACAGAGCUUUUAGGUUUGGUCGCUUCCAGGAUGUCUGACCACUAGGACUAAAAUCCAGAAAAAGUUGGGGAAAGUUCACUCAUUAGGUUGGAAAUUGCUGAAGCCAUGAUGGAAAUUUGCACAUGCCUGUGCUUGGUUUUUAUUGCUAUAACUCCAAGAGUGUUUUCCAAAGUUGGACCUCGUGCCCAUGCUGAAGAGAGGCUCCUCCAGGACCUGUUCGCGCAUUACAAUAAGCUCUCCCGACCUGUGCAAAACACUUCAGACACAGUGUUGGUCCACUUUGGGCUGUCUAUUGCCCAGCUAAUUGAUGUGGAUGAGAAGAACCAGAUGAUGACAACAAAUGUCUGGGUUAAGCAAGAAUGGAAUGACUACAAACUGCGUUGGAACCCAGAAGAAUAUGAAAAUGUCACCUCAAUACGUAUACCCUCAGAGAUCAUCUGGAGACCUGAUAUUGUCCUCUACAACAAUGCGGAUGGCGACUUUGCUGUAACUCACCUCACGAAAGCGCACCUGUUCUAUGAUGGCCACAUAAAGUGGACACCUCCAGCCAUUUAUAAGUCAUCAUGCAGCAUAGACGUCACCUUUUUUCCCUUCGACCAGCAGAGCUGCAAGAUGAAGUUUGGCUCCUGGACCUAUGAUCGCGCCAAGAUCGAUCUCAUCAGCAUGGCCAGUGAUGUAGAUCAGAUGGACUACUGGGAGAGUGGCGAGUGGGUCAUUGUCAAUGCAGUGGGCAAGUACAACACAAAGAAAUACGAGUGUUGUACAGAAAUCUAUGCAGAUAUCACUUACUACUUCAUCAUUCGGAGGCUACCCUUGUUCUACACCAUCAACCUGAUUAUCCCCUGUCUGCUUAUCUCCUGUUUGACUGUUCUGGUAUUUUAUUUGCCAUCCCAGUGUGGAGAGAAGAUCACCUUAUGUAUUUCAGUUCUACUGUCGCUAACAGUAUUUCUCCUGCUGAUCACAGAGAUUAUUCCCUCCACAUCACUGGUGAUCCCCCUGAUUGGUGAAUAUCUGCUGUUCACAAUGGUCUUUGUCACACUCUCCAUUAUAAUCACAGUCUUUGUGUUGAAUGUGCAUCACCGAUCGCCAAAAACCCACGGCAUGCCUCACUGGGUGCGUAGGGUUUUCUUGGACUUGGUGCCUCGAGUUCUCUUCAUGAAACGUCCACCAGGCACAGCAAAGCAGCACUGCAAGAAGCUCAUUGAGAUGAUGCACCGCCCAACCAUGAUUUCCACAACAAACAACUCGCAAGCUUUUUGGAUUGGGCUGGACACGGAGCUGAGACAGAUGACACUGGCAGAUAAUACACUCCCAAAAACUCCAGCUGACAGUCCAAGAAUCCUCGUCUGCUCACCGUCUCCACCUUCUUCCCCUCGAGAUGACCACAGUAAAGAUCAUCCAUUGAAUGCCAACAUUUUCCACAGGUCUGCUUCCGCCAAAUACUCGGUCCUCACAGAAAAGCAUUGUCUACGUGGACACAACUCUUCAACCAUGUGCGCUUCUCAGUUAUCUUUGCCUCCAACUUUACCUCUGGGCUCACUUCACAACUUGUCUGAAGAUCAACCAAGUACUCUGGCCCUAAAUGGCCGUUCCCAAAGUGCAGAGCAAAUGUGCAACCAACAUGAGCAGGUUCCACUGAGAUCUGAACAUCUCUGUCGCUCUCAGAGCUUCCAGUACUGCUGUCUGCACAAUGAUGGCAUAUUGGGGACCCCAAGACUGGUGAAAGGAAUGGUGUCUAAAGAGCACUUGGCCAAAACCCCCAAAACAGUGUCCACCAAAGACGCAAGCACCCAACAAGAUACUCCUAUUCCAGCAAUUUCCCCAGGUAUGCAACGAGCCAUAGAGGGAGUUCAGUACAUCGCUGAUCAUCUCAAAGCAGAGGAUGCAGACUUUUCACCAGGUGAAGGAGGACUGGAAGUAUGUGGCGAUGGUCAUUGACAGGAUAUUCCUCUGGAUGUUUGUAUUGGUGUGUAUUUUGGGAUCUGUGGGACUCUUUCUUCCUCCCUGGCUGGCUGGAAUGAUCUAGAAGCUCUGCUUCGAGGACAUGAGAACUGACAGGAAGACAAGCUGUCACAUAUUGUAAGAAAAGGUUUAUCAUUAAUAUUUCUAUUUUCUGUUUAAAAGAACUACGUGUCCCAGUCUUUGCUUUUAUCCUCCGAUAUCAAAAGGUUACCUGCAGAGAAACAAGAUGAAAUAUCUAUCAUUGAUCCCUGUGGGCACAUAAAUUCUUUAUGAGGGCAAAAGGCCAACCACGAAAAUACCCCUCAGUGCCACUCCAUCUUGACACUGAGCUGCACAGCUCAAACUGUCACUUUGUGAUAAAACAUCUGAAAAAUAGAUUUGACCCAUUUGGAAAUACUGAUAGAAGACUCAAGAUCCUGAUUGCUAUUAAUAGGACCAUAUAAGGUGGGAAACAUGUUUGAGCAUACCAUCAAGUGUUGCAGUAUCUGAGCAGUAUCACAGUUAAUAAUGAACUGAUGUCAUGAAAUAUACAUAAAAUAUCCAUAAAGUUAUGUUUCUGUGAAAAUUUGUCGGAAUUCUUUCUUUGGAGCGAUAGUUUAUGUGUCAGGCUUUUAGGUAAAUGUGGCUGAUAACCAAAUGUAAAAUGUAGCCUUUUUCAAUCUUUCCAGUCUUGGCAUCCUUUCCUUCACUAAUGGCCACAUACACAAAUUAUUAUUAUUUCUUUUUUCCUUGAUAAAUAUUCUUUACCUUUAUAGAUAUACACAUGUUCAAAAAAGUAUUUACACCCUCUCCCCCCCACACACUUUUUACAAUGCAGCAAUAAUUGUCAAUGUAUUUUACUAGCACAUUAUUGUUGGAAUAAUUUAAUAUAGAUUUAUCUUAUAUUUUCUUCUAUUCUUUAACUUGACUAUUUCAUUUUUAUAACCUUUCAUGAUGUUUGUGUGAG